AUGGUUGUUAUUAUGUAUUCCAUUAAAAUUAUCACAAUCUUCAUUUUUAUUAUUUGUUUAAUCACAUUGGUUGAAUCACAAUCACAAUUCGACUGCCCUUCAAUAUCAAGUUCUGAUGAAGACCUGCAAACUUUCAUGAUUCAGCUUUCCUCACAGGAUGCAAAAGAACAACAUUAUGCAAUGUUAGAAUCUUGUUAUAAUAAAAGAGUUGGCGACUCUACUAUUCAAUCGAAUAAUCCUAAUGAUCAUGGCUUUAUUAAAGAUGUCAGCUUGGAAUCAUUCACCUGUUACAUUGGACAGUUUGGUCCUAGCCACGCUGCUGCAUUAGCUAGUUUACCUGAGGUUAUUCAUGUCGAACCUGAUUCGGAAGGUAGUUCUGCUGCUCCUCUCCAUAUUCAAAUUCUCGAAACUGAUGCCCCUUCUAACCUAGAUCGUAUUGAUCAACCAUCCCGCCCAUUGGAUGGAUCAUACACAUAUCCUGCCAGCUCUGGUAACGGAGUAAAUGUUUAUAUAGUUGACUCAGGUAUUAAUAUAGAUAAUGUAGAAUUUGAAGGACGAGCAACACGUGGACCUGUUUUCUGUAGUGGAUGUCCAAACAUAGAUGAUUUGGGUAUGUCUUUACAAAGUGAUCUUUCACAGGCUGUGAAUAAUGCAAUCAGACAACUAACUACAUUGGGAAUCCAUGUCAUUGUUGCUGCUGGAAAUUUUGCAAAAGAUGCUUGUACAAUUACACCAGCGUCAGCACCUGAUGCCAUAACAGUUGCUGCUACUGAUACUGAUACAGAUACCAUUGCUGAUUUCUCAGACUUUGGAACAUGUGUUAAUAUCUUUGCUCCAGGUACAAACAUCGCUGCAGCUGGAAACAAGAAUUCCUCUGCUCUAUCAAUUUAUACAGGAACUAGUCAAGCAACACCUCAUGUCGCGGGAACAGUUGCUUUAAUCAUUGCAUCUGGCGGAAAUAGAUCUCCAGCUCAAAUGAAGAUAGAUCUUGAUAAUCUAUCAACAAAAAAUAUAGUAUUGGGUAACAUUAAUGGAUCUCCAAACAGAUUUUUACGUGUUCCUUAUUGUGCUGCAUUCUAG